AGAAAUUGGGCCAGUCCAAAAAUGAAUAGAAUAGCGAGACUAAGACAGGGUCCCCUUAAUUUAUCAAAGAGGUGCCGUGGCUGGUGACCACUUCCGUAACCGACAUGGGAGCACCCAAGACUGGCUGGAGUGUGCACCAUAAACACCCCACUUGUUAACUGCGCAGGGCCCAAGGGUGCUUCCAACAGACCCUCGCUAGGGGUUCACGUCUGAGCAGGGGAGGGGCGAGCUUAAGAGCCAGGUCCUCCAACAACCACAUUGGGGCAGCCCCCACAGCUCCCAACCUUUGGGCCAAAGUGUCAGGCGUGUGUCUACCGAUCCAUCAAUACAGAUUACAUAUUUAUAUCAAUCGUGAGCUCUGAGGGCGCCCUCGGAGAGCGGCCCCGCGUCUACGAAACCAAACUGGGAGUGGUCGCGCGGAAACGCUGGCUCGGGAUUGGCUGCGGGCGCUCGCCGAGGUGCGGGGGGAUUGCUAAUCGUAUUCAGCAUGUUUUGCACAAGAAAUGUCAGCCAGAAAGGGCUAUCUGCUCCCUUCGCCAAAUUAUCCCACAACAAUGUCAUGCUCUGAGAGCCCCGCCGCGAACUCUUUUUUGGUCGACUCGCUCAUCAGCUCGGGCAGAGGCGAGGCGGGUGGCGGUGGCGCGGGGGGCGGCGGCGGAGGCUACUACGCCCACGGCGGGGUCUACCUGCCGCCGGCCACCGACCUGCCCUAUGGGCUGCAGAGCUGCGGGCUCUUCCCCGCACUGGGCAGCAAGCGCAAUGAGGCGGCCUCGCCGAGCACCGGUGCGGGGAACGGGGGCCUGGGUCCCGGGGCGCACGGCUACGCGCCCGCGCCCAUAGACCUGUGGCUAGACGCGCCCAGGUCGUGCCGGAUGGAGCCGCCCGAGGGGCCACCACCGCCGCCGCCACCGCCGCCGCAGCCCCAGCAGCAGCCGCCGCCCCCGCCGCAACCACCCCAGCCCCCGCCACAGGCCACGUCGUGCUCCUUUGCGCAGAACAUCAAAGAAGAGAGCUCCUACUGCCUCUACGACGCCGCGGACAAAUGCCCCAAGGGCUCGGCGGCUCCCGCCGAUCUGGCCCCUUUCCCGCGCGCCCCGCCGCCCGACGGCUGCGCCCUGGGCGCCUCCAGCGGCGUGCCAGUGCCGGGUUACUUCCGCCUGUCGCAGGCCUACGGCACGGCCAAGGGCUACGGCGGCGGCGGCCACGGCGGCUCCCAGCAGCUCACGGCCAGUCCCUUCCCCGCGCAGCCCCCAGGGCGCGGCUUCGACCCGCCGCCUCCCGCGCUAGCCGCGGGCUCGGCCGACGCGUCCGGGAAGGAGGCAGCCCUGGACGCUUCGCCACCCCCCACGCUGGUCUGUGGCGGUGGAGGCGGCGGGGGGUCGCAGGGCGACGAGGAGGCGCACGCGUCGUCCUCCGCGGCGGAGGAGCUGUCCCCGGCCCCUUCCGAGAGCAGCAAAGCGUCGCCGGAGAAGGACUCCCUGGGCAAUUCCAAAGGCGAAAAUGCAGCCAACUGGCUCACAGCAAAGAGUGGCCGGAAGAAGCGGUGCCCCUACACGAAGCACCAGACGCUGGAGCUGGAGAAGGAGUUUCUGUUCAACAUGUACCUUACUCGGGAGCGGCGCCUGGAGAUCAGCCGCAGCGUCCACCUCACGGACAGACAAGUGAAGAUCUGGUUUCAGAACCGCAGGAUGAAACUGAAGAAAAUGAACCGAGAGAACCGGAUCCGGGAGCUCACAGCCAACUUUAAUUUUUCCUGAUGAAGCUUCCAGGAGAUGUAGUGGUUUUGCUUCCAGAACGUCAGUCCCCUCCCCGUCUUCAGCCUCUGCCCUAGAACUCGCACCUGUCCUGGAGCCCCACUCCUCCCUCCCACACUCGCCGUCUCCCAGGCUGUUACAUCUGUGCAGGGCUGGUUCGUUCAGACUUUUUGUUUCUUUGUUGGCUUGGUGUUGGUUUACUUGCUUUCUGGGGGAAAAAGCCAUAUCACACUAAAAUGCUCCAUAGCUAGUGAUUGUCCAAAUUGUCAUGUCAAAUUCUGGCUUUGCUGUCUUGGGUCUCACUGCUUGAAAUGGCCCCGGCCCUCCUCGGAGCUGUUUUCCUGCCUGCCUAGGCCCUGGUAAACCUAGCCGGAAGCCCGAGAUCUCAUUGUCGGCGCUGAGGUGUCUGGCCUGAGGUCAAUGGUGCAAGGAGCUGCCGCCACCGCCACCACCGGGUGUGCCUGUCUGGAGCUGGGCUGUGUUUAAUCAGGGAGUGCAGGCCCUUGGGUUUCUUUUUUCUUUCUUCUUUUCUUCUGUGGCCGGGGAGAGUGUUAUACAGGCAUGGACAUGCAGGUUAGCGAUAGGGCUUGACUUUGGCUGGUUGAAAAAGUGAGAAAGAAUCAGAAAGAUUAUUUUUUCCUCUUCUCCUGUAAGAUAUCCCAGAUCUAAGCAGGGACAGACAAAAAGAAUGACCAAGGGAAGGCAACUUACAGAGUGUGUAAGGUCUUGCAUUGCCUGUUUAAUUUACCUCUCAAUUUCCAUAUCCUGGCUGUGGCUAAAUAAUGUAGUGUUGUUUAUACACGUGGAAUAGUGGAUUUUUGCCAUUAAAAUUGUUACCACUUGGUAACAUGGGAAAAGCACACCACAAUUCUCCCUAUCUUGUGGAGUUGGGUUUUUUGUUUGUUUGUUUGUUUGUUUGAAUUCGCCUUUUUAUUUUUUUAUUUUUAUUUUUGCUAUAUGGGCUUUCUGAAAUUCAUGGAAGCCUAGGAGGGCUGGGGCAAGAAGAAAAAAACGAGAGAAGGGAGACAUUGUUUGGAUUUUCUUUAAACUGUGAAGUUUCAUGCAUAAAAGGGUCAAACCUGUAGGUGCAGAAAAAGAAAAAAAAUAUAAAUACAAAUCUGUAUAAAUGUCUAUUAUUAUGAAAAAUUGCCAAUCUUGUUUUAAGCAAAUGCAUUCUAUCAUUAUUAUAAAUGUUAGUUCUAGCUUUAUUUACUUCUAAUCUUAAAUCAGAAUAAAUUAAUAUUGUAUUGCUGCUGUGCGUGGAAAAAAAGACGAUGUUUAUGUUCUUAUAGAAUAAAAGCUGUGGAAUGAA